ACCCCCGCUCACUCUGGAGUUCCGUGUCAACAUGGCGGCAUCCAUGGCUUCUCAGGCUGCGGCUAAAGGACUGAGGUCUGCUGCCUCAAAGCACCUGCUCCUGGACAAGAUCAAGUGCACCUGGUUGAGUCCCAGGAGAUGGCUGAAUCUGCAGGAGUACCAGAGCAAGAAGCUGAUGCAAGAGAGCGGCGUCGCUGUCCAGCGCUUCUAUGUGGCAGACACGGCUUCUGAGGCUCUGGAGGCUGCAAAAAGACUCAAUGCCAAGGAGAUCGUGCUGAAAGCUCAGAUUCUGGCUGGUGGCAGAGGCAAAGGUGUGUUCGACAGCGGCCUUAAAGGUGGAGUGCACUUAACUAAGGACCCUGCAGUGGUUGGCGAGCUGGCGAAUAAGAUGCUGGGCUUCAACCUGACGACCAAGCAGACGCCUAAAGAUGGAGUGAAAGUGAACACGGUGAUGGUCGCCGAGGCUCUGGACAUUAGCAGGGAAACCUAUUUUGCCAUCUUAAUGGAUCGCGCCUGUAAUGGUCCUGUCAUGGUUGGAAGCCCACAGGGAGGCAUGGAUAUCGAGGAGGUGGCCGCCAGCACCCCAGAGCUCAUCUUUAAGGAAGUCAUAGAUAUAUUUGAAGGCGUACGUGACGACCAGGCGCUCCGCAUGGCAGAUAAUUUGGGUUUCAAAGGACCUCUGCAGAGACAGGCAGCAGAUCAGAUUAAGAGGCUCUAUGAUCUGUUCCUGAAAGUCGACGCCACUCAAGUCGAAGUCAAUCCUCUCGGAGAGACUCCCGAAGGACAAGUGGUUUGCUUUGAUGCCAAGAUCAGCUUCGACGACAACGCCGAGUUCCGUCAGAAGGCGGUGUUCGCCAUGGAUGACAUGAUGGAGAGCGACCCCAUAGAGAUGGAGGCGGCCAAGUGGGACCUCAAAUAUAUUGGACUGGAUGGAAACAUCGCUUGUUUUGUGAAUGGAGCCGGAUUGGCGAUGGCCACAUGUGACAUCAUCGACCUGCAUGGAGGAAAACCUGCAAACUUCCUGGACCUGGGAGGAGGAGUCCAAGAGAGGCAGGUGUACGAGGCCUUCAAGCUGCUCACCGCUGAUCCUAAGGUGGAGGCCAUCCUGGUCAACAUUUUCGGGGGGAUCGUCAACUGUGCCAUCAUCGCCAACGGCAUCACCAAGGCCUGUCGAGAACUGGAGCUGAAGGUGCCGCUGGUGGUCAGGCUUGAAGGCACCAACGUCCACGAGGCCAAGAGGAUCCUGACGGAGAGCGGGCUGCCCAUCACCGCCGCCCAGGACCUGGACGACGCCGCCAAGAAAGCCGUGGCUGCCAUCAAGAAAUGAAAGCGUCACAACAGCCGACGCAUGAACAUCCACACGUCCACAACGUUUCACAUCACACUCAAUAUCUAACUCUUCAUCAUAUAUUUAAAGGAGAAUCAUGAGGCUCCACUUCACAGUUUACUACGUCCCUGAUACUUUGUGCAUUCCAGUUCCUGAGGCGGAAUAUGAAUGAAUGAAGAGAGGCAUUUUCCAUUAUCAGCUCCCGUGUUCUGCUUCACAACUUCACAAGAAGUGGAGACAGAGUGAGAGUGAGAGUGAGAGACACCUGGUUUAUGAGAAGUGAAAUCAUUUUACACAAAAGGAUAUGAGAGCAUUUAACUUUGAGGUCAGUGAGUCUUGUUUUUUUU